UCUUGACUUCAUGGUGGAUCGUAACUGAGUGCAUGAUCUAUUGUUGGUCAAGUGCGAGACUAUUCGUGCAUUCAAAUGUUUGAGUGAGGAUCCACGCCCUACGCCCUUAUGGAUAAUGGGCCUGAAAGAGCAUGUCCUAGUUAUAUGCCUAUCUAGGUAGUUACAUGAAAUUCAACGAAGAUUCGUGGCCUAUGCUGAGAUCAUCGGACGACCUGCACCUCCAUAACGCGAAUAGAACUGACUGCAAUAGACCAAGAAGUGUCCAUGAUGAUGUAGAAGUGGACUCGUGAGUCAACCAUCUCAAACAAGCGCCAAGGCCAGCGCCCUUCUUAGCGCCACCCACAAGCGACAUCCCCACCUACAAAAGAUCGCUUGCGCCCGCUGCUACUGAUUUCUCUCCAACCCGCAACCCGCUACAGAACCCACCAAAGGAAAUAACAGCAUCCCUUGGGAGACAUCAUCACCAUGUCGAAGAUCUCUGUCGCCGGCGUGCGCACAAAUGUGCAGCAGCUCUUGGAGUACUCCAACGAGACGAAGAAGAGGAACUUCGUCGAGACUGUCGAGCUUCAGAUCGGCUUGAAGAACUACGAUCCCCAGCGUGACAAGCGUUUCUCCGGAACCAUCAAGCUCCCCACUGUCCCUCGUCCUCGUAUGGCUAUCUGCGUUCUUGGUGACCAGCACGAUAUCGAUCGUGCCAAGCACCACGGUGUCGAUGCCAUGUCCAGCGACGAUCUCAAGAAGCUGAACAAGAACAAGAAGCUCAUCAAGAAGCUUGCUCGCAAGUACGAUGCCUUCAUCGCUUCCGACGCCUUGAUCAAGCAGAUUCCCCGUCUCCUCGGUCCCGGUCUCUCCAAGGCCGGCAAGUUCCCCACGCCCGUUUCCCACAACGAGGACUUGGCCAAUAAGAUCACCGAGGUCAAGUCGACCAUCAAGUUCCAGCUCAAGAAGGUGCUCUGCAUGGGUGUCGCUAUCGGCAACGUUGGCAUGACCGAGGAUGAGUUGAUCUCCAACAUCAUGUUGAGCAUCAACUACCUCGUCUCUCUCUUGAAGAAGGGAUGGCAGAACGUUGGUAGCUUGACCAUCAAGGCUACCAUGAGCCCUCCCCGCCGCCUGUACUAGACGGUUGUGCGCAAAUUUCCAGGUUGGUUAAUGGCGAACUGUUUAAGGUGGUUUGUCAGAUGCGCCGACAAUGGAUAUGGUUGCUCGAUCGCACGAGUUGGGCAGUAGUGUGGCUGCAUAUGUAGUCAACGAACCAUGUAGCUAGUCAACGAAUCAUGAAGCCCAUGCCUAUAUCUCCGCGCUUAUUCAAUGUCUGUGAAGUGUUUCAUCUGCCGUCGUAUAUGCCUGAUUCCAAAUGACCUACCACAUUGCCUACCUCGAUUCCUAUAGCCCAUGGCCUCAGUUGACGUUUAAGCUCCUGCCCUGCCUCCUAUCGUCUUCUAUGACCGCCCCGUUUUUUACUCGCAGUAAUCAAGCUACUAGUAAAAAAACCCGACCAAAGAGACCCCACUCCCAGCCUCCUCUCCCGUCUCGAAGGGCAAGAAAAAAAAAAUCCUCACGCACCCACUCCACCCGCUUACCUAACGCACGCGCCCACCUCGGCUGCGCGGCCGCACAGACCACCACGCUUCUCUAUAUAAUCCCGUCGUCCCCCGUCCCCCUCUUACCGCUCCUCAUCAUCAGUCAGGUAAUCUACAUACCUUUGUAUAUCGUGGCUCCGCCUUGUGCGGCUUGCUGAGGCCUAUAUUCUUAUCUUCUCAAUGGAUAGUCCUCCGUUCCCGGCCCCGUAGAGUGAAAUCCAACCGUUCUUUCCUUUACAACUACUAUUUUUACUCCGUGAAAAGAUGGAGAGGAGUUGUGGGAUGGGUGGGACAUACUUCUGUUUUCUUUUCUUCUUCCUUUGACUUUGUUGUCGAAGAUUAUUGUCUUGUUGCUGCGCGAUGCGUGUGUGGGUAGUAGGCAAUGUUGCGUUGCUUGCGCUGUCGAUGUCGCUGUUUUUCUGAGGCAAGGCUUUUGUGGUGGUGCUCGCAAAAAGUUUUCUUCGCGCCUGUGCUCAAUAUGGUGGCGCGUGGAUGCUAUU